CAUAAUGUAGAUAAAAUGAAUUUUAAAAAAGUUGAACCCUAGUAAACAUACCCUUGCAGUCAGCUCGCAAUUGCUGGACUUUUCUAGCUAAAGUCUUUUAAUCGAAUAACGUGAAAUCCAAAUUACGGGCGAGAUCCUUUUCGAAACGAAAGCAGUAAGAAGUAAAUAUUUACUCUCUUAUCGCUCCUAUAUCUCUUAAAAGCUUAAAAGCGCUAACGAAAAUCAAUCCAUCAGUGGUACAACAUAAAAGAAAAUGAUAGAAAAAUAUUGAACUAAUUGUGGACAUAAUUAGUCGACUUUAUAACCACAAAAGGAGUAUACUCACUUUUAGUUAUGUUAACAAUCACUGCCUUAAACUCCGAGUAAGCAUUUGUUCAAGAUUUCAGUAGAUGAUUUCUCUUUAAAAUCGUCGGUUAACACACAAACACAUCUUAAUACAAAAAAUUUUGACCACGACGUAGCAGCAGUUUUGUGUUUCAUCCAAACGGAGCUUAGUGAAAUGGUUUUGCCAUUUGGUCUGGACUCUGAUGGUCACAACGUAGCUGGCACUCAAAGUAUGGUAACUCCCACUGCUCCACCUGCUUUCUUAAUGCACGGACACACAAACGUAUCCACUGUUGUGCCUGUUAUACCGAGUCCCUACAUCGAUUUUAUUGUUGUUAAUGGCGACGAUCGUUGCAUGAUACGCUGCGAGCGUAAGGCUGUACUGGAAAAUAGUGUAGAGUUGGCGAAACUUAUUCGAGCCGGCCCAAACAGUGGACGCAAGGGUGAUAAUCAUUUUCAAAUCUCUAACGUGAACAAGAACGAUUUUGAAUUGGUCAUACGAUUUUUGGAGACUAAGUUUGUGCGGUAUCGCGAUCAUUUGCAUAUAUUGAAAAUACUUGAGUUGGCCGAUCGUUUCAAUUGUCCAGAUUUGGUAAUACAUUGCAUACGUGAAUUGGACCUUCAACUGACCAGCGCUGUUGUAAUCGAUAUAUUUCGUUCGCUGUGGUUCUACCAAAGCAUUUCGGUGCCAAAUCACCACCAAUUGGGUGCUGUGAUUACUACACAAGAGAGCAGUGGUAAUAAAAAAUCAAAGCGGAAGACGACACAUCCACAAUCGAGCUCCACUGUCAGUGCUGUCACUACCGCUGGUGCUGGUGCUGGUGAUAAUGCAAAUACAGACCCGGAGUCGAGUCCCUUUACAGCCGAGGAGUUUGGCAUGGCUUUGCUAAUUAAUUCCCUGCAAUUGAUCGAUAUGCAUGCCCAAUUAGUGUUGAAUAAACCGCAAAUUAACGAACUGCGCUUUGAAGAACUGGAAAUGAUAGCGAAGCGGGAGGCACUACAGUUGAGCUCUGAACUGGUACUUUUUAAUUGCUUAGCGGACUGGAGUGUGGCCGAGUGUCAGCGCAAAAAACUUGAUGUAACAGCAGAAAACAGACGACGGGUCCUCGGACCACUUUGCUAUGCCCCACGAUAUUUACUAAUGAAUGUCAACGAAUUUCGUAAGGCGUGUGACCGGGUAGAAUUAUUGGAUCCGGUGGAAAUUUCUCUAGUGAACGACGCUAUCGAAGGUAAAAAACUGAAAAAUCUGACGCCGGAACAAAAUCAAUUGCUGGAAAAAUUUCGAACGCCACGUCCCGAAUUCCCAAAAAUGCCAAUACACCUUAGUGAUCGAACUAACCCAAAGAAUUAUCCAAAGAAAAUGCGUCGUGCUGAAAAAGGUGCCUCCGGCGAAGAUGGUUGUUGGAGUAAUUUCGGCAUGAAUUGCUUGGCAGUAUUCGCAUGCAUUUUCGAUUGAAACGUCAAAUACAUAUGUAUGUAUUUGUAUGUACGAGUAUGUACAUAUAUUGAUAUGCUAUUAUAUAAAAUCAUCAUCAUCAUGAGCUCCCGUUAACAGCUGUAAAGUUUGUCUAAAAUUUAAAUUCAUUUUCAAUCAUACUCUUUAGCACGACUAGUCAAGCACAGAUCAAACCGAUUGUAAAAGCUUUUGAUACCCCAUAAUAAUUUUUAUAGUAUAGUUAAAAAGAGUAGUAAAAUUGAUUUUAGGGUUGCCAGUAUGGAGAAAUAGAUGUAUAUGUAGCUUAAUUGCGGCGAAAGCAAGAACUAUUUUUUCAUAACGAAAUUCUUUAAACUUUUUGGUUGUAUUCGUCUCUUGCUUUCUAAAUUUUGAGUUGCAUUAUAACAAAUAAAAUAUUGAAGAAGUGAGUCCGCUCAAAAUUAUCAUAA